AACAGUGUAAUCCCAGAGUACCCCCGUUUCGAGACGGCAGCGGUCUUGACUCGGCGAGUGCCUAGAACUCGGUUUUGUUGUGUGCGCCGCACACGUCUUCCUACAGGGAAAAGGAAGGUAGUACGUUAGGUGCGAGGACAUUUGGAGAGUUAGGAAUCCGGGUGCAGUCGGAAUUUGCUACAGUGACGGUCGUCUUCGUCAGGAUUUGCUCUUCUGUUCAGUGUAGAGUGGUGUGGCUGUUCUAGUUCGGUCGGUCGGUGAAUAGAACGAGGCCAACUGCGUUGACGAAAGGAUGGAUUACUUCCCAAUCAGGAUACGCUGGGCGGUAUGAUCAGUCCCGGAAUCGGUGGUUCAUCCAUUUGGUGGUGCUUGUGGCAAAAAAAAGAUUUUUUUUUUUGGUUUUCAAACAAAUUCUGAAUCUCGGGUUUCACUAGAUGGCCUACGUUUUUGUUAAAUAAUAAAAAUACACACACACAGGAAUUACGGUGGCAAUGUUAAAAUACCUCAGCUGGAAGACCAGAGAAACACCCAAGGAUUACAGUGAUUAGAAAAAAAACCUACAAAUCAGAACCUGAAACUGUGAUAAAGUGAAAUUGACGAAAAUUUACAAAUCUAAAUCAGUGGAAAACCAUUCCCGGAAAGUUAUUUUCGCCUCGAAAUCAUACAUAAAUCAAAUCGAAGAAACAAGUGGAAACCUCAUAGUACAAAAUCCAGAUGAAUUUAUUUAACUAGGAAUAUAGUGAAAGAUUGAAGUUUGGGAUUUUUGAUUUCUGAAAAAUAGUGUACCGAUCCGUAAUAGAAAAAGUGGAAAACACGCAAAAAAAAUAUACAUAUACUGAAAAAAGAGAAGCGGUGUCCCCCGAAAAAAAACAAGUGCACGAGCGAGAAGGAGCGAUUCUUUGCACCAAAGUGAAGCAACAAAAGCAAAAAAAGUAGUGACACAAUUUUGAUUAAAACUCACACUCAAGACAAACCAUCCGAUCCGGGGCCGGGGCGAGUUUCUAAUUUCUCAAUCAGUUAAUGAAGUAAGAUUUCGAAAAAGAAAAAAAAACGAAUGAAAAGGCAGUAGGAAAAAUAACAACACCAUCGUCGUCGUCCGUGGAGCGAGCGGUACAGAAAAAUCCAGUGGAUUGCUGCUGCUGGUGCUGCCCGCGCGCUGUGUGUUGGUUGGUUUCAAGACGGUGUUGAGUUCGGUGGGAUUUGCAACACUCCAAGUUUUUCGUAAUUUCUGACCUAUUGAGGAACGAAGUGUGGCGCGGAGUGGGAAAAAUUGCUACCGAGCGCACCAGCGGACCUCGUGUUGGAGAGCCCCAGGAAAAGUGGGCUCCACAGCACCCUUCGCCGCCACCACCUGGCCAACCACGUGGUAUGCUUCUGCUCCACCGGUGAGUGCCCGACGACGAUCUUGUCGCGUGCGUUCGAGUGAGACGGCUGCAGAUCCUUCGGCGAGCAGCGGAAAAUCGAGUAUUUCAGAGAUCUCAUCCUGAAUGCCGCAAAAACUAUUGUCACGCGAGGAAGCCCUAAACAUUCACCAUCCUCGUCCGGAGUAUAAUGUCCACUGGUGAACCAGACUCAGCUGGUUCCCAUGGCUUAGGACGAGCGGUAAGUUUAGGCGGGGGCUCCUCGACCACAUCCUCCACUACCUCGUCGCAUCCCGUAAUGGAGCCCCCAGCGAGUAUCAUUAUGAAAGCGAAGGACGAGCCUGAUUGUGAUACGGAACGAAACGUAGAUUCCAGCAUGGACAGCAGCGCACUAGCUAACUGUCUGUCGACGACGAUAUCGGCCCUGCGGGCCAGUCGCAAUGCCAGCAACAACGAUGCAAACCGGGGCAACAGCAUCGACGAUAAUCUGUCGGAUAAUUCCGAAUCAACGACAACCAGCUCGGCGGCUGCCCAGCUGCUCGAGAACCUCAAAAACAACCUGAACAACAACAACAACUCUAGUGCAAUUAACAACAACAACCCGUUGCAUGCAAACAACAACAACAACAAUGGCAACCGGAAACUGUUCGAAUGCGAUGUGUGCAAUAUGAAAUUCUCCAACGGCGCUAACAUGCGUCGACACAAGAUGCGUCACACCGGCGUCAAACCGUACGAAUGCCGCGUCUGUCAGAAACGAUUCUUCCGCAAGGACCACCUAGCGGAACAUUUUACCACGCACACCAAAACACUGCCCUACCAUUGCCCGAUAUGUAAUCGAGGUUUCCAGCGACAAAUCGCUAUGCGUGCCCAUUUCCAAAACGAACAUGUCGGUCAGCAUGAUCUGGUCAAAACUUGCCCGCUUUGUAGCUACCGUGCCGGAACAAUGAAAUCCCUGCGAGUGCACUUUUUCAAUCGGCAUGGAAUCGACCUGGACAACCCAGGUCCGGGGACGCCCUCCUCCUUGCUACUGGCAUUGGAUCAGCACAAUCCGGCCAACCUGUUACCGGCUCUGGCCGCGAUGAAUGCUGUUAAUGCGUUCAGUGACUCCGGCGACUCGAUGCGAUCCGUGGAUAAUGCCACACCACCGAUGCACUUUCUCACACCGCACGUGGAGAUCUCGAUGGCGGAUAACAACGAAGUGGCCCUCAACUGCAGCCGGGAUGGUCCGAACGGUACCAGCAGUAGUACCAACGGACCGGGCAGCGGCGGUGGUGGUAACAAUGACCGGAACACACCGACCCCAUCGAUAUCCUCGGCGCUGGAUAUACAGGCGAUAGUGCGGCCACCGAAUGGUGGUUCUCCCUCGUCACCGCACUCAGCCGACUCCAACGCACCCUCCAGUUCCCACUCGUCCUCCAUGCUUCCAUCUCUAGUACAAAGCUCAAGGCAUAUUAUUUUUGAUAACUCUAUUACACCGUCAAUCAGCUUAAUUCCUAUUAAACAGGAACCAACGACAAACGAUGAGUACAAUGAAACCAAACCACGAUGCAACAGCAGCAUGGAUAAUCCGUCGUGUAACAUAAGCAACUCGAGCGACAGUGUGACACCGUCCUCCAGUCUUACUUCGCUGAUAAAGGUGUCCCCCCUGAAGUCGCUUCUCCGCGAGGAUCUCAAACGGCGAAUCUCGGCCCGGGCCACGAGCCGUGCCAGCCGCAACGGGCUGCUCACCUCUCCCAAUCCGGCCAGCAGCAGUCCGAUACCGAACAGUUGCAACGCUACCUCGUCUCCGGCGGCGGAGUGCGGUACCUCCUCGAGCAGCUCUAGCAGCAGCAGCAGUAGCAGCAGCAGCGGCAUCGGCACCAGCGUCAACGGAACAUUGAGCAGCAGUAGCAUCAGCAGCAACAAUGCCACGGCCGUGGCCGUCGCAACUACCUCAAACGGUACCAUCACGUCGACUGGACCGGAAACGGACAUGCUGCUGUCCGGUGGACCGAAAUCGAAACGGCAUCUGCAGUGUCUGUUCUGCGGGAUCGAGUUCCCGGAUCAGACGCUGUACUUCCUCCACAAGGGCUGCCACAGCGAGAGCAAUCCGUGGAAGUGUAACAUUUGCGGCGAACAGAUGAGCAAUGUGUACGAGUUCAACUCGCAUCUGCUCAGCAAGAGUCAUCAAUGAUGUUAGGCGAGGGAAAGGGAAACAUUUUGCUGGUAAUGUUUCUCUUUUUCUGAACGCUUCCCUUGAAAUCUUGCAACAUCCGGAAUCGAGAUAUUGUUUUUUGUCAAAUCCCAUUGGUUGGACUUCCUAAACUGUUCUGUAAAGUCUUUCGUUUAUAACCUUCUUAUCUAUCCGCUACAGCACAAAGGCAGGCAACGUUUUUGUUCAAGAACUAAGCUAGCAAGGCCAGGGGUAGUCCGCGGUCUGCCUGCAGCCGAUAAAGACAGGGAUAACAGAAAUGUGAACCAGUCGUAACUGACUUUAAAAUGUACGAAGUACUGUUCUAUUAGCUUCCGUCUUAGUUGCUUUUCGCUUAAAUAACCUGGACCCUUCCUGCUAAUUUCGUUAUCUUGAAUACUAAAGCAGACAGGUGGAAGAACAGUUUAAAUCGUGCAACGCAAAUAUAUUAAUAUUUAUUGUCCGUCCAAUAGAAUUUAAAACGCAGCAAAGCGCAAAGGGGAUAAAAUUAACCGGAGAAAAUUUACACACAACACAAAAUAGCCAAAGGUAGUAGAAACGUCAACGGGAGAGGGUGGAGGUCACCACCGGCCCCUCUCCGAACACGGUAGUUACGCGAAGCACGCGUACGCAGAGAAGUCACGGAAACGAUCUGAUUUGUGCACCACAUUUGGCUUUGCACCCUCUCGACCAUCAUGGACUGUAUUUUUUGAGUAGUUCUACUCCGGGGGGACCCACCGCGAAUGCACCUGAAUCAGGGAAUCCCGGAUACAGUGGAACGUGGCCGGUAGGAUUGCAAUACCAGCGGGUCAAAAUGUGGACGACAACGAGUAACUGAAAACAUGCGGAAUUAUUUAAGUCGUAGUGUGCUUUGGAUUGUGAGGUUCUUAAUUCGCAGGUUCCUAUACUGCCUAUGAUCGCAAAUCAGUCCCAUACAGUCGUACGCACACGACGCGACUCCACACCAAAAAAAAAUAUUCGCUAUGGAUUUUGUUCUAGCUAUUCCAACGCGGAAACAGCAAUAGAGUUGGAAAGGGUAGAACAAUAGCCAUAGUGCAUAUUAUUUGUGGUGUGUGUGUGUCCUGUUGCCUCGUGUGCAAACAGCUUAAAGUAAGGAAAUCCAAUAGAAAAUGGAACAAAUAUUGCGCACU